AUGCAGUCCACCCUCAUUCGCCCCAUUAUCCGACCUGCGACCUCCCUACUACUUCUGCGCUCAUUCUCGGCAGCUCCCGCAAUCAUGGGCGCGGGCGACACUGGAGCUCCCAAGCCGCGGGGAUUCCUAGCUGAGAAGGACCAGUUUACACGCCGCGAGGCCGCUGAAGAGGCUAUGUAUAUUCGGAAGCAGGAGAUGGACAAACUCGAGUCACUUCGGAAGAAGAUGAAGGAAUCGCAGAAGCAUCUCGAUGAGCUGGAUAAGCACAUUGAGGAGUAUACCCAGGGUCAAGGCGGCGAGCAGAAUUAA